GUAGGCCUUCAAAAUUAAAAGGAGAUGAGUCAUCUAAUUUAAUAGAUGAUUGUUUAUCCUUAUUAGCUGAUAAUGAUGAACUUAUCAGUAGAAUAUUUGUUGAAGUUGAAGUUAAUAUAAAUGGAAUAUUUGUUGAAAUUGAAGGCAUAGAAGGUGAAUGUGAG